AUGAUAUUAUUACCAUUGUCAAUUCAUACAAAGAAUGUGAUCUUUCUAGAUUUUAUUUGUAUUUUUAAUCAAGAGAAUAGUCCAAUAAAGGUAUACGCAUAUAAUUUUAUUAAUAUAAAUUUUAUUUACUUCUUUAUUAUAUUUCGUAUGUCAUUAAUUUUAUGUUCAACAUAUCAGAUAAUUUUGUAUGCCUACGACAAAUUAUUCUGGUGGUCAAGUUAUUAUAUCGACUCAGCUACAAUCUUUAAAAAUAAAAUUGAAGAUUGGCAAAGUGAAAGAUACCAGCUUAUAUCCACUAUUCAAGGAAUCGAUAGAAAUUCAAGAUCACAUAUCAUCUUUGAGAAAUUGAUUGAUCUUUUCAUAACAUUGAUAAAUAUGUCUGUCCCUGUAUUCUUUGAUCUCUCGGAAUAA